UGGUGGAGUACCAGAACACCCAGAACAUGCAAAUUUACAGGAACCACAGCGGACCGAACAUUUUGAAGUACAAACACCAGAAAUGAAAUUGAGAGAACUGCAAAAAGGUGCAUCGGUACAAUUGGAAGCAACAAAUAUACAGGUACCGCACCGACCAGUGCAAACAGAACUACAUUCAGGAUAUUGUUUAAUAAUAGGAGAGGCUAAAAUCGUAGAGAAGACGAUCAAGAAGAUCCAGAAGAUUAAAAUUUUAAAUUCCAUCAUCAUGAAUAAUGAAAGGGGAUCUAGAAAAUCAGGUAACAUUUAA